AUGGAUAUCGAUACUCUGAGAACCCUCGUUGGAAUACUCGGAAACAUCAUUUCGCUUAUUCUCUUUCUCUCCCCCUGGCCAACAUUUUCUAAGAUUAUGAAAGCAAAAUCAGUUCAAGCUUUCAAGCCCGAUCCAUACGUCGCCACGAUUCUAAAUUGCGCAGUGUGGAUGUUCUACGGUCUUCCUAUCGUCCAUCCAGACAGUCUUUUGGUCGUCACGAUCAAUGGUGCUGGACUCGUCAUUGAAAUCGUCUUCAUCACAAUCUUCUUCACAUAUUCUACUUGGGGUGGUCGAAAAAAGAUCCUAAUCAUUCUCUUUAUUGAAGCCAUUUUCGUAGCUCUCCUAGUUGUAGUCACAUUAAUGUGCUUUGACACCUACAAGGAUAGAUCUAUGGUCGUUGGGAUGGUCGCCAUCUUCUUUAACAUACUCAUGUAUGCAGCUCCGUUGACUGUCAUGAGAAUGGUGAUCAAGACAAGAAGUGUCAAAUACAUGCCAUUUAGUUUGUCACUUGCCAGCUUUGUCAACAGCAUUGUAUGGUGUGUUUACGCUCUCAUGCCGUUAGAUCCCUACAUCUUGGUUCCAAAUGGUCUAGGAUCAUUAUCAGCAAUAGUUCAACUCAUAUUGUAUGCAAACUACUACUGGACCACGAGGUGGGAUGAUGACGAUGAAAAUUUUGAGGUUCAAAUGUCGUCAACGUCCAAGGCUUAAGCAUCGAUCCAGGGCGUAUUUUUUUCGGUGAUAACCGUAGGUGUUUACUGAUUUAUGAAUCUAAAUAUGUUGUUU